AGAGGAGGCGGAGGAGAGAGCAUUCAAAGAGGAGGCGGAGGAGAGAGCAUUCAAAGAGGAGGUGGAGGAGAGAGCGUUCAAAGAUGAGAUGGUGGAGAGAGCAGUCGCAGAGGAGAGAGCAGUCGCGGAGGAGAGACUGGUCACAGAAGUGGAGAACAGGGAAGAGGAGGAAGAAGUAAAUGGUAACACUGACCCAGGAGAGAGCUCCAAUCCAGGCUCAGAUAGCGAUCCCAGUACCACAGCAUCAGGAAACCAUAAACAACACAGACAGAGGAACUCAAGACAGAAACAUCACCACUGCAUGGACUGCUUCACUAGUUUCUAUGAGCCAGAGGAGUUGAGAAGGCACACUUGUAGGCCCCACCCCUGCUCAGAUUGCAGAGGCAGCUUUAUUUGUCCAACUCACCUCAAAUCAAAACAGGCUCAAAAAAGGAAGACGACAUACCCGUGUGGUCAAUGUGGGAAGAUAUGUGAAACACCAAGCAAACUCAAGACGCACCAGAUAACUCAUACAGGAGAGAAGCCAUACCACUGCUCUGUUUGUGGGAAGGGUUGCAGUAAUUCGGACCAUCUAAAGACACACCAGAGAACUCAUACAGGAGAGAAGCCUUACCACUGCUCCAAAUGCGGAAAGAGUUUCAGUCAGUUAUCAACUCUGAGAAACCACCACCUAACUCACACAGGAGAGAAGCCUUACCUCUGCUCUCAUUGUGGGAAGAGUUUCAGUCAGUUAGCCAACCUAAAUACACACCAGUUAAUUCACACAGGAGAGAAGCCUUACCUCUGCUCUCAAUGCGGGAAGGAUUUCAGACAUCCAAGAGAAUUAAAGUCACACAUGAGAACUCACACAGGAGAGAAGCCGUUCCACUGCUCCCAAUGUGGAAAGAGUUUCAGUCAGUUAUCAACUCUGAAAAAACACCAGCUAACGCACACAGGAGAGAAGCCUUACCUCUGCUCUCAAUGUGGGAAGCGUUUUACCACAUUAUGUGAACUAAAGGCACACCAGAUAACUCACACAGGAGAGAAGCCUUACCACUGCUCACAAUGUGGGGAUAGUUUCACCAGUUUAUAUUUCCUAAAGAAACACCAGCGAAUUCACAAGGGAGGAAAGCUGUUCCACUGCUCCCCGUGUGGUAAGAGUUUCAGUCAGUCAUCAACUCUUAAAAAACACCAGAUAACGCACACAGGGGAGAAACCUUACCACUGCUCUCAUUGUGGAAAGAGUUUCAGUCUGUCAGGAAACCUAAAGAGACACCAGGUAACCCACACAGUAGAGAAGCCUUACCGCUGCUCUCAUUGCGGGAAGAGUGUCAGUCAGUUACAACACCUAAAGACACACCAGUUAAUUCACACCGGAGAGAAGCCAUACCACUGCUGUCAGUGUGGGAAGAGUUUCAGUCAGUCAUCAACUUUGAAGAAACACCAGAGAACUCACACAGGAGAAAAGCUGUGUCAUCAGAUCUGAAGACACCAGCUUGUUCACAUAGGGGAGAAGCCUUAACUCCACUUUCAAUGUAGGGAUAGUUUCACCAGUUUUAUAUAUUUUUUUAAAACACCAACUAAUUAUGACUAACAAUAACUUACUUGGUUAAAUAACAAGGGGGGGGGGGGUGACUUGCAAAGGAGUGUGGCACCUGCUCCCUGUGUGCUUCUGUCACCAGGUGAAAAAACCUUUCCAAGCCAAACCUUCAUAUGAUGACCGCUAACCGCUACACACAGUCU